ACUUCAAGAGAUAACUGGGCAAGGAAGACGAGUACGCUCCAAACAGGUCAGACCUUUGCGACCUCGCAUCGCUCAGGACUUCACUGAGACUUAAUCACAUGAAACUGGAAGAUGCCCUUGGUUGACAGCUCAGAGGCCGGGGAUCGUUCCUCCUUUCGAUUGCGUCGAAUUGGGAUUCCUGCGACCUAUCCGGGGAUAGGGGACACGUUCAAAAUCAACAAGGAAAUAACAGUAGUUGGAAGAAAUCCUUCAACUUCUGAUAUUUUCCUGGAUUCCAAAAAGAAUAAAGUGAUGAUAUCUAGACUUCAUGCACGGAUUAUUACAGAGAAGGAUAGCACAGGAAAGCAGACCUUUUCAAUCUCCGACACAAGUCUCAAUGGCACAUAUGUGAAUGAUAUUAAAAUUGCAGAUACUUGUAAUCUCAGUCCAGGGGAUACUGUUACAUUUGGACAUUUAAAGGGAGCUGUUUUAACACCAGGGGACCUUGCUCAACAACCGCAAUCUGAGUUCAGUUUUAAGUUUGAAAAGUAUCCAGCUACGCCUCCCAAAAAGAAGCAGAGGACUUCAGAAGAAAUGAAUUCCUCUCCUGAAUUUCAAAUAAAGACACCAAGCCCUCAAAACCGUCCAAAGCCUGUAUCAAUAAAGACUCCACUGUUGCCUGCAGCUCACAUUCCUGACCUUUCAACCUUUCAUACUCCAGGAACACCUGGAUAUUUGACUUCCUCCUGUUCCACAAAUAAUUGCAGAUUAUCCAGUCCCAUUCUUGGAAAUUCAAAGUGGCAACAAAAUCAUGCUAGUGAAAAUUCAGAUUCUGAUGAAAGUAACGAUGAUCUCAGAGUGUAUGCAGCUGCAGCAGGAGAUGCCUUGGAAGAUAGUGAUGAGGAAAUUUUCUCUAUUCGGCUGCCAGAGUCUCCUGAAUCAUAUGAAAAACCUGGUACAUUCUCUCACUGUGCAAAUAAGCAGACAGUAAUGAACAGCUAUACUGCAAAGAAAAUACCCCAGCCUUCCCAACAAAACAUCACAGAAGGAAGAAAAAGAUCUUACAGUGAAGAACAGAGUCCUCUGAGAGUGGCCAAGAAAAGUAGACCAAGAAAGCAUACCUGGACCCACAAGAAAAAUUCACAAGAAUCUAUCAUAAGCAGUGAAGGUGAUGAAGAUGAAGACAAUCUCUUGUAUAACUCUUGUGCAUCUGUGGACUGUAUUCAUCCUCACAAAAGAGACAAACUUGUCGACUGGGUACAAUGUGAUGACUGCGAUGACUGGUACCAUGUAAAGUGCACAGGACUAACCCUUGAGUCUGUGCGUCCAAAGUCAGCCAAGUUCCAUUGUGGCUGUGCAUGAAUUCAUCGAGAGUGACUUCCCUACCCUUUCACUACUGAAAUUUAAAUGUUGAUUCUCUAUACUAUUAGUGAGUUAUUAAGAAUUUGAUGGUUGGCUAAUCAAAAAAUAUUCCUCCUAAUUGAUAAUAAUUUUACUUCUUGUCACCUCUCUGGUUGAAAAUGUAUGGAUGUUGUGAGGAGAAAUUCAUGCUUGGGGGUGAAAGGGCUGUUAAGGUAAAGGGCUCAGGGUUUGCAUGAGAUGGGCUUUUCACAUGAGGUUGACCCCUUAGGCUGAUCACAUUGCCUUCAUUGUCUGAACACACUGUUCAUUGUUGCAGGGACAGGUUUCAGUAACAAAACUUAUCUGUAUUUACACACGUCUGCAACAAUGCUACAUGUGCUUGUACUAAUUUUGUUGCUGCAAUUGUACACAAAUUAAACCUAGUUUGAGUUUGUUUGAAGCAGCUGUUCCCUUUGGGCACUGACUUGUUUCCCACCUGUUUCUGUUUUUAGGUCAGGCCACCAAAAGAUCUCUGGAAAACACUGACUUGAUCUAAACAUGAUUUUAGCCUUUGAGGGGAAUUUUUAUAUUUCUGGAUCAUGGUGGCAAGAGAUUUAGGGCUUUUGUUACUGUAAACAGUUUGAGUUUCAGUCAUAUUGAUAAAUCAUGUUUUUAAAGCAAAGUUGAACCACAGAAAAAGGUUUUAAACUAAUUAGGGAUGCUUAGCCAAGGGUUUCUGUUCAGGAUUUUGAAAGUGGACAUUAAUUACCUUGUUUUACAUUGCAUUGUUACUUUGUUUAUUGACCAGCCUUCAAUAGUUUUGAUUCUAGGAAAGACAUUUUAGGUUGUGUAUCCAAGUUUUUUAUCCACUUUAGUGUGAGUAAGACAGACCCCAUGAGUGUAUGUCAUGAACUUAAUUAGGAAUUCACAUCAGCCUUCAAACAAAAUUCUCAAUUGUUGUUCAUUUAGAACCAAAUUUGAAAUUUAAUGAAAUUGAAGUGAGUAGAUAGGACUACUGUAAGUUUGCUUUGUAAUGAUUCAUUUGAAAAUCACCUAUCGAUGUGUUUUGUUGUUUCAAAGUUUAAAUACUGAAAACUAUUGAUAAAAAUACCACAAUAACUCCAGGGGUGCCAUUUAGGAUUCUAAACUUGCAUUGCAUAAUUUGUUGCUGUUGUUGUUGUUGUUGUUGUUUUACUAUAAACUUAGUUUCCUCUAUUUUUAAACUAGGUUUUAUAACUUGAGACUGGCAUGCAAG